AUGGACAUUGCUGUUCCCUGCAAAACUGUGCGCUGUUUCCCCAAUAACAAGCCCUGGAUUACCAGAGACAUCAAGGAGCUCCUCAAUAAGAAAAAAAGGGCGUUCCGAGAUGGCGAUCGGGAAGAGCUAAAGCGGGUACAGGGAGAACUCAAGGUCCGCCUGAAGGAAGCAAAAGAAUCAUACAGAAGGAAGAUAGAACAGAAACUGCAGGAGAACAACAUGAGGGAGGUCUGGAACGGCAUGAAAACCAUCACUGGCUGCAAAAAGAAAGGAAGAAACUCAGCAGAGGGGGAUGUGGUUUUUAAACCCCAGAACCAAAGUACUCCCAAAAACAAACCCGAAGAUGAAGUAGAUGCAAUGGGACAUUCUUCCUCUACAAUAUCUGCUGGACAGAUUCUAAUAUCAGAUUCUGAGGAUAAUCUGGAUCCACCUGGAUCCAAUCAGGCCAAGUCUCUUUGCUACAGUAAAUACACAGACCUUUAUGCACCAUGUGUUGAGGAUGAGGAGGAUGAAGAGCCUGUUCCUGUUAAUGUUCAGAAUAUACCAGACUUGACCAUGGAGGAGGUAAACAUUACACUACCUGAAAUCAUCACAAAUCUGUCACAUCCUAUUGAUCAUGGAAGAGUCAGCCGGUUCAACAUCUCAAGGUCAAAUGUUUGGGAUGGAGCAAUCCGAGGUUUCAAGCGUGCAACCUAUUCAGAAACCUGUGACAUGCUGGUCAGAUUUACUGAUGAUGCUGGUGUUUUUGAAGAUGGAAUUGAUGCAGGUGGUCCUAGACGAGAGUUUCUAACUCUAUUAAUGAAACAUCUAAAAGAUCGGCCAAUUUUUGAUGGACCAGCAGGACAACGUUUCUUGGUCUACAAUGCAAACGAUUGAGAAUGCUGCUUCUGUGGAGGCUCUGCAAGACUGUACUCUGAGGCAUAGCACAAUGUUACAGACAGCUGGCUGUCUGAGACA